AUGGUGACAGACGAGGAGCAAAAAACCAUCAACAAGCUCCAGGCAAACUGGAUUUGGGUCCCUGGUUGGGUAGAUUCCUCCAAGAGCAACACAGCCGGACGAAUUGUCAGAUUCCGUCGCAAGUUCAACCUCGACACUCCUGCAACUCGUACGUUGUUGCACUUCUCUGCAGACACCCGAUACAAGCUCUACAUCAAUAGGAUCCGCGUCGCGGUAGGACCAGCGAGGAGCAGUUUGUUGAUCUGGCAUUAUGAUACGCUCGAUAUUGCACCGUAUCUUGGGAGCGGCAGCAAUGAGAUUCGUUUUGAGGUACUUCAGUACUUCGCAGCCUCGAGGGGUGCGAUGCCGUUUGAGAGGACAACCCAUGCAGGCUUGACGGUCGUUGGUAGUGUGGAGUUGGAGGCGGGAGCAGCCGUCCUGGAGCUCACCUCAGGCGUGGACUGGCAGGCCCAAGUGGACGACAGCAUCUUGUUUCCCAUGGGAUUGGUCGACGACGGCUUCCUCCAUAUCAGCGAGCGCAUUGCUCCUACCAUCCCAAACCCAUGGAUCACGCCUGUGUUGUAUGGUAUGAAGACGCUGAAUGGCGACCUUCUUCCCUGGCGCCUUCGUCCACGUGCUAUCCCUAUGGCCGAAGAAAGUCCAGUUGCCGUCAGCACCGUCAGAGCCUGCCAGAGCACUGCCUCUAUCAAUGACUGGACUGCCCAUCUCGCAGCAAACAGGACGAUAAUUCUUCCAGGAGGAUCAUCGCAUGCUUUGGAAGUGCAGGCACAUGUCCAUUCCACAGCCUUCCUACAAUGGACCUUCAGGGCGAAGGCGAAGCGGUCUCAGAUCAGACUCAGGGUUACUUACUCGGAAGGCUACGAGCUCGAACCUCGUAAUUACCCUUUCUUUCGAACCAAAGCCGAUCGCCUGGAUGCGGAAAAGGGGCAUCUUAUCGGCCCCUAUGAUGAAUUGAUCUUGGACCUUCCACACGGCCAGACCGUAACAUAUGAGCCGUUCUGGUUUCGGACAUUCCGUAUUCUACGACUGGAAAUCUCAGUUGGGCCGGAGCCUGCUCAGCUGCUCUCCUUUGACGCCACCCAGGUGAACUACCCUCUCGCAGUGAAGGCAAGCUGGAAGGAGCCCGGAGAUAAGCACAGCGAGCAAAUAUGGGAUGUAUCCAUCAGAACGAUGCGGAACUGUAUGUUUGACGGGUAUUCGGACUGCCCUUUCUACGAGCAGCUCCAAUACUCUGGCGACUCACGCUCAGUUGGGCUGUUCCACUACCUCCUAUCAGGGGACGAUCUGUUGAUGCGCCAAGCUAUCACCAACUUUGCGUCUUCAGUCACUCCCGAAGGUCUCACACAGUCCCGUUUCCCAUCACAUGUACCGCAAAUCAUCGCUGGAUUUCCCCUCUACUGGAUCCUCCAAGUAUGCGAUCACCACCUCUUCUUCGGCGAUACAUCAUAUGCCCAUUCCUUCCUGCCCCGUAUCGAUGGCGUGCUCGACUUCUUCGAGUCGCACAUCGACGACCUGGGCCUUGUCAGCGGCAUGCCCGAGGAUGUGUGGCAGUAUAUCGACUGGGUGACAACAUGGGGCGCAACAGACGAGCAUCCAGACAAAGGGGUUCCCACCUCCGGCCGGAAAUCAAACCGUCACACCUACUUUAGCAUGCUCUACGCGUUCGUCCUCAACCAAGCUGCGAAGCUUGUGCGAGACGUCGGCCGCCCUGGGUACGCGGGCGAGUAUGAAUCGCGUGGUGAGAGUGUUGUGCAAGCGAUCAAGGCCCAUUGCUUCGACGGACGGUUCUUCACCGACUCCACUGCAGACAUCGCCGACUCUUUAUCUUACUCCCAGCACUGCCAAGUUUUCGGCGUGCUCUGCGGUGCUGCUGCGCCUUCGGACCGUGCUCGUCUCCUGACGGAAUCAUUCGCGGAGCCGAAGUUCUCAAAAUUCUCGUACGUGAUGAAGUUCUACGCACUGCGAGCAUAUGCCCUCGCAGGCGAUGAUGCCUGGGAGGUGUUCUGGGCGCGUGUGUGGGAUCCGUGGCGGGCGAUGUUGGCUAACAACCUCUCAACGUGGGAGGAGGAUGAUGUGCGGCAGCGGUCGGACUGCCAUGCUUGGGGUAGUGUGCCCGUGUAUGAGUACUGUACUGGGCUUGCGGGUAUCCGUCCUAUCGCUCCUGGGUCUGCCAAAGUGCUCUUUAAGCCACGUGUGCGAUUGAGUGAGGCUGUGGAAGCAAAAGUGGCUCUGGGCAGAGAAAAUCUUGCUAUUGUGUCAUGGAGCACUCGGGCUGGCGGCGAGAAGCAUAUCGAGUUGCGACUUGAGAAGGCGGUCCAGGUGACGAGCCAGCUACCGGGAUGCAAGGAAGAAGAACAUGGCGUAGUUGAUCGUCUUGUGCUGAGAUACAUUCCUUCUUAAUACAUAUGUAUGAUCGGUCGGAUCGGAUACGCCCAAACCACUUCAAAAGUUCUGACUAAUAAGAGCCUGUUCCGUACGGAUGCACGUCUUUUGAUUGCUAGCAAUUGCCAGCAACCAUUACUAGCAUUCAAAAAUGCUCAAUAUUCAAAGC